AUGACGUUUGUAAUCGCUGCGAAAGUUUUCAGUGGCAACGGCACGAACGCGCUCGAUUCGGUAAAGGGUGUCGAACGUUAUAAUCUCUGUGACUAUAUAAAAAUUGAAAAUCCGUCGACCACGCCUUGGUCACCGCAUGUGCGAUCGGGUUCGAUAAACCCGAGGCAAUUUAAAGAGAAAUGUGGGUUCUAUUUUGCUAAAUUAUGGAUUUAUGGGCCGAUAAAUCAUAAGCAGAUAUUGGAAAAAUUAGAAACGUAUAUCACUGCCUUUCAACAAGCAGUAUCGAUAUUUGAGGUUCGCAGACUAACUAGGUUUGUUCUUUGCAGCCACGAGCUCCAGACCUGCGAUUGGCCACGUAACGUAGGAUGUCCCGAGUCCAAUUUACCAAAAGACGAUAAUGAAGAUCCACUUCUGGAAAGGGCUGCCAAGGCCGAGUCGAUCCAGCAACAACAACAGCAGCGACCAACUCAAAGGCAGCAACAAAAUUCAGUAACGGUUUCAUCGCCACCUUCCUCGACGAUUCCAGAAAGGCAAUUUAGACAGAGGCAACACCAGAGAACUUAUCAUGAUGAGGAAUAUGAACCUGCAUCUGAAAUUGAGAGUGAUAGACAGCAGAGGGUCUAUAGAGGUCAACCUUCCACGAUCGGUCAAGUUCAACGCGAUCGUGAUGGUCUCAGGCGAAAUAUCAUCAGCGAACGAGAGAAAGAUAGCAUUGUAAACUCCAGAGGUCAAACGGAGAGUCACUAUAGGAGUGCUCCAUCUGAAUCUCCAAGAGUGGCAAAAACGACAGCUUCGACAGCCGCUCCAGUUCCAGCUCCUUUCUCGAAAAGCUACUACAAUGAUCCUGACCAAAGCUAUCCUUUUUACACAAUUUACGACGAUGAUGUUUCCAUUUACAAGGAUGAUGAUUACAAUCAGUACACGGUUAACCACACAAUGCCGGUACAACACCAGAGCGUGAGGAUAACCGACGUGUCGUCGAACUCGAAGCAGUAUCAUCAGAAGCCGAAGAAGGUCACCGUGAACGAAGCUGACAAGUACAACCUGAAUCAAGACGUCACAGUCCAGGAUUACGACAUUUACGACAAUCAGGCUCACCUCAAUAAAAACAAGUUCCGAAUCACUGACAACCAACAGUCUAUCAGGACUAACGUUCUUAGCCAUCCGGUUCACAUAACAACGCCCAACUCAAUUGUGGACUCUUACAUUUCCUUGACCACUACGACUCAACCAACCCCAACCACCGUUCGACAAUAUUCCGCCAGUGCUCCCAGCCGGGGUCGACCACAAGUAAACCGCGGUACAGCGCCACCACGCUCUCGACCAACAUUGAAGCCCUCUACAGAAAUCGUAUCAAAAGCCCAGGAAUUCAUUGAUAUCUACAGAUACCCACCAGUAAGGCCAGCACCCAUUUACCCAACUCCUCAAGUCGACAAGCCUGCCGCCCGAUGCAGGAAGGACGUUUGCUUGAUUCCGGAUUGUGCCUGUGGUGGAGCCGAUAUCCCAGAUGGCAUUCCGGCGAAAGAGACGCCGCAGAUUGUACUUAUAACUUUCGACGACGCUGUAAACGAUCUUAAUAAGCAAUUGUACAUCGAUCUAUUUGAGAAAGGCCGAAAAAAUCCUAACGGUUGCCCGAUUUCGGCCACAUUCUACGUUUCACACGAGUGGACCGAUUAUAGCCAAGUGCAAAAUCUUUACGCUGAUGGCCACGAGUUGGCGUCCCACACAGUCUCGCACAGUUUUGGAGAACAAUUUUCACAUAGGAAAUGGGCCAGAGAAGUUGCUGGUCAGCGAGAAAUUUUGGCAGCAUAUGGAGGAGUCAAACUAGAAGAUGUACGAGGAAUGAGAGCGCCUUUCCUUUCGGUUGGUGGCAACAACAUGUUCAAGAUGCUUUGGGACACAAAUUUUACUUACGACUCAUCAAUGCCAAUCUACGAGAAUCGACCACCCAGUUGGCCCUACACUUUGGAUUACAAACUUUUCCACGACUGUAUGAUCCCACCCUGUCCAACAAGGUCGUAUCCAGGAUUAUGGGAAGUUCCCAUGGUAAUGUGGCAGGAUCUUAACGGUGGUAGGUGUUCGAUGGGAGACGCAUGCAGUAAUCCCCCUACCUCUGACGGCGUCUACAAGAUGCUCAUAAAGAACUUCGAGAGGCACUACACGACCAACAGAGCACCAUUCGGGCUUUUCUACCACGCAGCUUGGUUCACUCAACCCCAUCACAAAGAAGGUUUCAUCUCCUUCCUUGACACGAUCGUCGCGAUGGAUGAUGUGUGGGUUGUAACGAAUUGGCAAGCCCUUCAAUGGGUUAGAAAUCCGACCCCUCUUGGUCUUCUCGACAACUUUGAGCCUUUCGGUUGCAACUAUCAGGACAGGCCAAAGAAGUGCAAUAAUGCUAAGGUCUGCAACCUGUGGCACAAGAGUGGAGUUCGGUACAUGAAGACGUGUCAACCCUGUCCGGAUAUUUAUCCCUGGACGGGCAAAACCGGAAUUCGCAGCAGCCGUAUAGACAACGAGAUUGACACUCACGAAUGAGGAAAGAAUAAGGGAAAAUGAGAAAAUGAGAAAAAGAGAGAAAAAGCGAGAGAGAUGACCAAUGAGACCCACCAAUAAACUGAAUCAACGUUCGAAAAAUUCGCGAACGAAUCUCUUUCUCAGGAGCUUCCGCCCUCGAGUAUGCCGGAUUUUUAUUAUUUAUCAAUUUAAUUUUAAUUAUUAAUUAUAAAUUAAUUAUUAAUAAUUAUGAGAAAUGGUUUCAUUCGAGAAGUCGGUGGUUUUUGGUGGGUCUGAAGGAGAGAUUCACAUGCCAUUAAUCUCAUUACCGUAAUCAUAAUCGUAGUCACGAUCGAUUCCGUCUCCGUGCUUGAGAAACAAAUUAAACGUUCUCCUUCUUUAGAAAUAAAAGUUCAAUGUAUCAACUUCAGUUUUACAAUUUGCAAUUUAAUGAAAGAUUAAAUUUGAAAUAAGAAUCUGUACAAACUGAAAUUGACAAACAGGAGACACUUCAUCGAAGACAUGGUUAACUUUUUAAAAGUGAAAAACUAGGAUAAUUUGUAUCGACUCUACGGAACAUAUCAUAGGAUUACAGUAAGCUUCUCUCGAUAAAGUUUUUUUUUGUUUAAUUUAUUUUAUUUCAAGAAGGAGAUUUUUAUUUGCUGUGUAAAAUAAAAAUAGAGAUGAAUCGAUGUAAGAAAAGUCGGGAAAUUCGACUUUUUCAACCUAAAGUGGAAAGGGAUUAGUUCUGGGACGAAGAAAAUUAAAAGAAAAAAAACUGAUGGAAGGAAAAUGAAUAAAUUUAGAAAAAGUUUCCUGCGACUGUAUAAUAUAAAAUUCUAGAAGAAAUCAGCAGAAGAAAUUAGUUAACGAUAGAUAAUAUAUAUUUUUCUUAAAAAGCUGUCCCAAGAGACUGAUUUAUUUUCCACGGAGAAGAAUACUCUAGAUUCUAUUAGCGAUUGCUAAAGUUUCAAGCGCUCGCAUUCUCGAAAAAAUGUCGCGCUGUAGAAUUCAAAGGCUUUUUCGAAGGACGUAAAUAUUUAUUCGCUUUUUUUAAUGAAUUGUAAGUAUAUGAAAUAUAUGAAGUAUAUAAAGUAUCGUCUCGGCGUACUUAAUAAGAAACUUAGAUCAAUUAUUGAUAUUAAGGGACUAGGCGUUUAAAGUACUAGUAUUGCGGUUCUAAAGGUUUCGUGAUUGUGUGCGAAAAUGAUCGUUCUGAGUCAAUCAAAGACGGCAAAAGUCGCAUCGACGAAGUGCAAGGGGAUCGUUGUUCUCAUCUUUCUGAAUUUGGACGUACAAUGCCUUUAAUAAAUAAAGAUUUCACUAUAA